AUGUUUCAAUUAGCCUUUGAUAUAGUUUCCUUAGCUUUACCUGAAUCUUAUCGAAACCUAUUAAUCGAUUUCAAUUUGAUUUCAUCAUCUAAAACUCAAUCUCAAACCAAUCCUGCAUAUAUUCAUUUCAAUGAUUUCAAAAACGAUCAUCUCACAAAUCAAUCUUCUCGUUUUGAUGCUCAGUUAAUAGCUUCUUCUUCUUCUUCUUCUAACCAAAUCAAUUCAUUAACCAUUCAACCGGCUUAUCAACUUUCACCUAGAGCCACUCAAGAUUUGAUUUCAAGAUUAGAUGCAACUCCUCCCAUCUUACCUCAAAAUGUCGCCAACAUCAUCACCAUGGCUACUAUUGCUGCUAGACUCGGUUUACGAUCAACUUCAUUUUUUGCUGAAUUGGUGGUCGAAUCAAUCCGUUACACUACUAAUACUACUGUCGGUCUGACUCGUCGUGCUCUUACCACGGCUGUGGGUGGAGCAAGGUCAAAUCAUUUGACUUCGCCGGAUUGUUUUCGAGAGUUGACGGAAAAUGAUAUGGAAUUAACUUAUUUUCAAUUACUUGAUCGGUAUACGAACCUUGGGAUUUAUACCGUACAUCAUAUCUUUACUUUGAGUGAACUCUUUGCUAUGGCUGGUCUUAACCUUACUCAAUCUGCCAUCAGUACAGGUUUCAGUACCGCUGAAGCAUCAGUCAAAGUUAUGGAUAGCAUCUUUGGAUCAAAUGAAUCGUCUCGUGCACUCUCAGCUAUCAUCAUGCUCGUUCGACGUGAAUUCUUACACGAUCCUCGUUUCACUCCAUCUCAUAUCAAUACCUUGACUGGUUUAAUCUCACUCACAAAGGCAAUGACAGCUUUUGCUUGCCUACAACUCGCUACCAGUCGACGAUCGAUGGCUAACAUGAAGAUGAGAGUCGUAUGGGAUGCCACAGUGAUGGAUGAAGCAGAAGUCGAAACAUCAAUCUUUGGUAAUGCAAACAUGGAUUAUGAUCUUGGGACUCGUGCAGCAGAAGUACUUAUUCGAGAGGCCAAAGCAUUACGUGAAGAAAGAGCUCAAUCUGCAGCUUUGCAGAAUAAAUUGGAUUCAGUUCCAUCUUCAGCUGUACCAGAACUCAUUCAGACGCCUCAUGCUAUUGCCAACAAGGAUCAAGCACAUCAAAACUAUCGUGUGACUGAAACUCAAACCACUAGCGCCAGCGGUAACACUUGGCAUAAAGAUCAGGGUCUCACCUCAGCCACUCGAUGGAGUAUCAGUCGUUCAAACUCUCACACUUCUGUUCCUAUCCUUACCUGUACCGACAGUGAAGGAACAAAUCUGUUUGGUAGUGAUGACACAUCUGAUGAGGAUUCACAAGUGGAUCAAACAAAUUCAGAAAAGCAUGAUCUGGUACCCAAUUCAUACGAACCCAUACCACUCAAAGAACUCGUCAACCCAAAUGAACAUGAUGCCUCUCUUUACCAAAUCACCACGACUAUCACUACCACUACCGCUACCACCGUUUGCCCUGUCAACGACAUCAAUUCCAAGUCGAAUCCAUCGAGCGGUUAUGAACGUUUGCAGGCCUUUCACAGCUGUCAGAGACCAACUUAUUCUGGUACUAUGUCUGUCGUUGCUGAAUCGGAAACCGGAUCACAAUCAGUCACUACUCCAACUGAUGACACAUUCGAUGUCUUGGAUCAUCCGAUCCGAUCUAACUCACCGCCAACAAUAACAUCUCAGCCUGCCCCAUUCGAAGCUGAAUCAAUCGAAAACGACCAAAAGGAUCUGUUAAAAGAGCCAUCUACUUUAACGAUUGAAACUCCUGUUCAAACCGAGGUCCAAUCCAAUAACAAUCAUCAAAUCACUCGAGCAUUCUCACCCAACUCGAAACCACCUCAAUCUUGUUAUCCUCCUAAUUCAUUGGUCACUAAUUUGAGUUAUUUUAUGAAAUUCAGUUCAGCUGCUUAUGGUCAACAAUUUCUAAGAGUCAUGGGACUUGGAUCGGAUUCAUUUAAUUAUCCAAACACACGUAAACAUUCUGGUAAUCAUCAUGCAUUUGCUUCACAUGUCGGAUUACCAGUGGAUCAGAUCCUUUACAGUUCAUUUGCCGAUUCGAAACCUACAUUAGGAAACAGUGUCUUGAGUCCAUUAGUACAUUAUAUUGCAGUAGAUCAUAGUGUGAAAUCGAUUGUACUAACGUGUAGAGGUACAUUAGGACUUUCCGAUAUCUUGGUAGAUCUUACUUGUCAAUAUGAACCUAUUAUGGUAGAAGGAGGUGAUUCAGAAAAAGCCUAUCUAGCUCAUUCUGGUAUGUUACAUUCUGCACUGAGAUUAAGACAUCAAUCUUCUUUGGUCCAUCAAGAACUCAAACAAGCUUUAUUAGAUCAUCCUGAUUAUGGAUUAAUCAUCACUGGACAUUCAUUAGGUGGUGGAGUAGCCUCACUUUUGGCUGUUUUGUUUUCCACUAGAUCAGAAGUGUAUUUAAAUGAAUUAAGUUCAGCAGAAAGCUCAACUGAUUCACCUAGACCUCAACUUCCGAUCAUCACCAAGUUUGUGACCUCUUUCAAAUCAGGCUUACCACAUGGACGACCGAUUCAUUGUUAUUGUUAUGGACCACCGGCAGUUUCAUCGAUUGAUUUAAGUGAAUAUUUAGUAGGAUUGGUCACUGCUGUUUGUAAUGGGAUAGAUGUGGUGCCUACAUUGUCGUUGGGAGUCUUACAUGAUUUUAAGAAUGUGGCGGUUUCGAUUUAUGAUGAAGAAAAGAUCUCGGGUGAGAUUGUUAGUAAGGUGAUUGGGUUGUAUUCUAGGAAAAUCAAGAGUGAGAAGUUGAAUGAGUGUUUUAAUACUUCUACUUCUACUGGUACUACUGAGAAUGGGAAUGGGAAAGAGAAUGAGAAUGGGAAUGGGAAAGAGAAGGGAAAGGAUCAAGAGGAGGAUGGACCGGAACUUUCGGAUUGGUUUUGGUCUUUGAAAUCUACCAUGAAAGCAGCAUCAGAUUCAGAAAAGCUUUAUCCUCCAGGAGAAGUUUGGCAUGUAGAAAAGUAUGAGGUUUAUCCGAACUUGAAAGAAGAAGAAGAGAUGAAGAAGAAAGAAACCGAGAACAGUUCAUCUUUAGAGACCCCAACCAAUGAUGAUCCAACUGAAGGGGAAGCGAUUGAAAAGAAAUCAUGGGUCAAACCUAAUCCGAAUGGAAUGAUUACAGUAGCUAAGAGUUGGUUAAAGUUUGGAAAGCUUGAAGCUUCGUUGAAGAAGAUUAAUGGGAUCUCGGGGUCUGGGUCUGGGUCUGGGUCGGGGUUUGGAUCAUCGGGGAAAGUUAAGAAGAGGGGUGGGAAAAGAGUCGUUUUGAGAAGAUGUGAUGAUUUGGUGGCUAGGUUUUCGGAACCUAUCUUUGGUAAAAGUAUGUUUCAUGAUCAUUUACCUACUCAGUAUGAAAUUGCUUUAGGCGUAUUGGAAGAAGCGAUUAAUCCGAAAAUAAAGAAGAAGAAAACAUGAAGGAAAAAUCAAAAAAAAUCAAAAAAUCAAAAUCGAAACCGAUUUUGAAAUGUCAAAAAUUCAAAACUCGAAAAACACAGAAAGUUUUUAAUUGAUUCUUUCUUCAUUUUGAUUUUCUUUUAAUUCUUUUUUUUGGACAAAGCAAAUAUUGAGAAGUUGUUGAUUUGGUUUUUCUUUUUUUUGUUAUGUAUUUUUAAGAAAUCAUCAUAAGAAAGACAAUUCACACCAAAGAAUGGUAAUGUAACAUGAAACCUUUGACUUUUUUUUUUCUUAGCAGUAGUAGUAGUAGUAGUUUGCAAUGUUUUCAUUUUUCGUUAUCUGCAAUUGUUUUCUUUUACAUCAUCAUUCAUCAUCAGCAAUUUUUCUUCUUUGGUAUGAAAUGUAUUUUUAUCUCUAGCAUGACCCAUAUAUAUAUCAUUAGUUUUUUUUUUGGUUUGGUUUGGUUAUAUCGAAUUUUAUAUUUUGUAAUUUUUUUUUUUUGGUUUGAUUUGAUUAUUCAAUUUAUUAUAAAUCAAUCAAUCAUGAUUGGUUUUGUAUGAUUUGU